CUGGAUUUGCGAAUCUUUCUUCCUUGAUUAUAAUAAUGAUUCCAUUGAAACAGCUAAGAUGGUAUGGCAGGCAGUAAACAGGCAAUGGGGUGUUCUUCAUUUUCUUUUCUUUUCCCUCCCAACCACUCAUUUACUUCCCACUUGUUUAUUCAUGGAGGAUAAGAGUCAACUCUGCAGUUCUUCCCCAAUCACUGCACCUCAAAGGCCAUUUUGUUGAAUUUCAUUGCUUCUGGCCAUUGAUGAAUGAAUCAAGUUGGUCAUGAACAGAUAAAAGCAUGCUUGACUAAGGAGGAAAGAAAAUGACUGCAAAAACAAAUAUUUCCCUGAUUCAAACUUCAACUGGGAUUGUUAUGAGUGGGAACAAGGUGGGAACACGAAUUGUUUCUUUAAGGAGAAAAGAAAGGGGACAUCCCAUUCUGGGAGCUGACUUCUUCAACAGGUGGUUGAUGUCCACUACCAUAUGAAUGAGAAAGACAAUAAUAUGCUUGCGGCCGUGCCAACCCAGGAAGCAAGUUCGCAUCUUUCUUAGGAGCACGAUGUCCCUGUGAAAUAAGAUUUUGAUUGAAAGGACCUCUGUUUUUUGGACUCGGGGUUUGGCACCAUGGGAGGAGGAGGAGGAGCUUGUGCUAUUGUCUUUCUGUUAUUCAACCUUUUGCUGCUUUCUCGCAAUUCAUUCUCUCACCCCUUGUGUAUUGAUUCAAGUAAGUUUCUUCACUCUUUUGUGGUUUCUAUGUUCCGUUCUUCAAUUCCAGUUUGGCACUUCCUCUCUGUUUUUUAUCUCUGCAGAACUGAUUUGCUGCUCUGUUUUUUUCUGGACUAUGUGUUGCUUGCAGCGGCUCCUUUGACCUUGAAUGCCUCUCUCAGUUUCUGUGGCUACGAUGGAAGCUCCUGCUGCAACUCUGCACAAGAUUCCCAAUUGGCAAAGCAGUUUCAGGCCAUGAAAAUCUCUAACCCUGGAUGUUCAUCUCUACUCAAAUCAGUCGUUUGCUCUAGAUGCGAUCCAUUUGCAGCAGAAUUGUAUCCAGCGAAACGCCCUGUUCCUGUUCUCUGCAACUCAACCGUUGCAGCAACUUCAUCACAGUCAAACCAAGCAGACACAAACUUCUGUUCCCAGCUGUGGGAUACAUGUCAAAAUGUCUCCAUGCUCAACUCUCCUUUUGCUCCUUCACUAGGAGGCCAAGCUGGAUUACCAAACAACUCCAAUUCUACCAAGCUCACUGACCUCUGGCAGUCCAAAUCCGAUUUCUGCACCGCAUUUGGUGGUGAAUCUGCAGAUGAUUCAGUUUGCUUCGGUGGAGAACCGGUUCAACUCAAUACCACCGGAACAAGUACUCCCCCAGCGCCACCAAAUGGCCUCUGCCUGGAGAAAAUUGGCAACGGUUCAUAUCUGAACAUGGCUGCUCACCCUGACGGGUCGAACCGAGCAUUCUUUGCCAACCAACCCGGUCAGAUUUGGAUGGCUACUAUACCAGACCAAGGGUCCAAGACAACAAUGGGAGUCGAUGAAGCCAGCCCUUUUCUUGAUCUAACUGAUGUGGUCAACUUCGAUACUGAGUUUGGGAUGAUGGGCAUUGCAUUCCAUCCUAACUUUGCACAGAACGGCAGGCUUUUUGCAUCUUUCAACUGUGAUAAGGUCAAGUGGGCGGGCUGUAAUGGGCGGUGCUCGUGUAACUCUGAGGUGAAUUGUGAUCCUUCAAAGCUGGCUCCUGAUAAUGGUGCUCAGCCGUGCCAAUACCAAACUGUUGUUGCAGAAUACAGUGCCAAUGCCACGUCCACCACUCCUUCAUCGGCGACAUCUGCGAAACCGGCUGAAGUGAGAAGGAUAUUCACAAUGGGCCUUCCCUUUAGGUCUCACCAUGGAGGGCAGAUUCUGUUUGGACCUGACGGUUAUCUCUACUUCAUGAUGGGGGAUGGUGGCGGUACAGGGGAUCCUUACAACUUUGCACAGGACAAGAAGUCAUUGCUUGGGAAGAUCAUGAGACUUGAUGUUGAUAACAUCCCAACUGCUCAAGAAAUAGCAAACAACAGCUUUUGGGGAAACUACUCCAUCCCUAGUGACAACCCAUACAAACUAGAUGCUGAUCUGCAACCUGAGAUAUGGGCACUUGGGCUCAGAAAUCCUUGGCGCUGCAGUUUCGAUUCAGCAAGACCCUCCUACUUCCUGUGUGCAGAUGUUGGACAGGAUCAAUAUGAGGAGGUUGACUUGAUCACCAAGGGAGGAAACUAUGGCUGGCGUGUCUUCGAAGGAAACUAUGCUUACAAGCCUCCAGCAACCCCUGGAGGAAACACACUUCCAAGCUCAAUCAACCCAAUCGCCCCAAUAAUGGGAUACAACCACUCUACUCUGAGCAAGAAUGAAGGGUCGGCUUCGAUAACCGGAGGUUACAUCUACCGCUCCCAAACCGAUCCAUGCAUGUCUGGAAGGUACCUGUAUGCAGAUUUGUAUGCCAGUAAUGUGUGGGCAGGAACCGAAACACCUGAAGAUAGUGGCAACUUCACUGCCAAUUCAAUUCCUUUCAGCUGCACGAAGGACUCUCCUAUCCCGUGUACCACUGUUUCCGGAAGUGACGCCCCAUCCUUGGGGUAUAUUUUCUCCUUUGGCCAAGAUAACAACAACGAUGUGUUCCUUCUAGCCAGCAGUGGAGUGUAUAGAGUUGUCCCUCCAAGCCGUUGCAAUUAUGCUUGCUCGAAGGAGAAUGCAACGGCAGCUGCUGGCGGCCCUGCUCCUUCUGCUCCAGGCGCAUCGUCUGCAAGUCAGCUGCAACGCAGUAGCAGAGUUGUAGUCCUCCUGUUGGCUUCCUUGUUAUUUAUGUUCAGUUGUAUCUAAUUUGUCAUAGCAGCUCGUAAGCUCCGGCAUUUUGUUUAUCAGUAUGAGACAUUUUGUUUAUUUCUCUGUGAUUGCUGUUCUUUUUUUUUUUAUUUCAAUUGCCUUUUGUGACUAUAAACAGACAUGUAAGACUCCAUUUGAUUCAACUAGUUGGUACAUCUGCACCUGAUUUUCACCAUCCUCUUACUGAUACAAGCUGUUUCACCUACAAUGAUCACCCUCUUCUAUUAUCACUCCGGAAAUGACUAACAGAUGUUUGAAUGACUUCCCCCAAAACCUUCUCAAAAGGCACCACAGUAAUAAUGGUUAGAAGCUACUAACAUAUCAUAAACCUUACACUUUUCCCCUGGACCAAUCUCCACUUUUCCCACCGGUCUUGCCCUCAAGCUGCACGUCCGUUAUCAGGAUAUCUUUAGAAGCAGCCUUGCACAUAUCAUACACAGUUAGACCAGCAGUAGCCACAGCAGUCAAUGCUUCCAUUUCCACACCAGUUUUCCCCGUCGUUGCAGCCUCCCCUUUGAUCUCCACACUGUGAUCUUCAGGGUUCAGCACGAGAUCGACACGGAGGUGACUCAAUGCAAUGUUAUGGCAAAGCGGGAUGAGGGUACUCGUUUGCUUUGCUCCAUUAAUGCCAGCUAUCUUGGCCACAGUAAGGACAUCUCCUUUAGCCAUUUGGUUGGCCGAGACCAUAUCAAACACCUUCUCCCCCAAAACCACCUUGCAACUGGCAAUAGCUACUCUCUUAGUUGAGUCCUUUGCAGAUACAUCCACCAUUUGAGCUUCUCCUCUACUGCCGACAUGGGUCAAACCACCCGGAUUGUUGUCUCCACCAUCGGGUAUAUGAGAGAACUUGUGACGGGAUAGCUCUUGCGCUGUAUUGCUGUCAGUAAAAGAAAGGGGAAGCUCUUGGGAUUUCAACUGAGGCUGCUGCUCUUCAACAAGAGGAUUGGUGCUAACUGAACCAGCUAAUCCACUAGGGGGUACUU